AUGGCCGUGCUGAGUCUGUCGCAAGUCACUCACGACACGCGGAUAAUCGAUUCUGCCGUCGAAUCUCUACGCAAGAUGCACUUUGACCGAGUGGACUAUCUGGGACUUCAGGCCAACGCCAUUUUCCAUCGAUGUUCGCACUUUCUGAAAACGAUAAUGCCGCCGACGAGCCGGACGGAGCCGGAGAUAAAACGAUUGUUGACGAUCAUGCAGUUGCUGCAGAGCAUCGUGCCGCGCCUCUUCCGAACGCUGAUGGAGUGGCGCGACGGCGGAAUGAUAAAAGCGGCCGGAUUCGAGAAAUUGGACGCGGCGGUCGGCAGAUAUGCGAAAGAAGAGUUGCCGCACUAUUUCGACGUGCUCCUUCCGCUCGUCGACAGCAUUUUCGAAAUGAAAUCGCUGCCGAACAUCUUUGAAGCCGGCCAAUUCGUUAGCAAUCAAGGACUUCGAAGAUUCUGGCCGUUUGCGUCGAAAUGCACGCAUUUUAUAAAUCUGCGGCCGGAGAAUCGGCAAUUCGUGUUUGCCAAGUCGUGGAUGCUCCUUCAUCUCGCCGAUUUGGCGCAUAUUGUGACUACGAAAACAGUCAGUGACGGACAAGAACUCGAUUCCCGCGAAACGUGAGUGAGUAUUCACAGGAAAUACACUAUUAAACCUUCAGCAUUUUCGUGCGAAAUUUGGCAUUCGUCGAAGGAGACCAAGGCGUCCGUAUGUGGAACACGAUUCUCGGAUAUAUUCGCAAGUUCAAACCGAAAGAAUUCGCAAACUUUCGCUAUUUGAUGCUGCUCAAAACGAUCGAAGCGCACGAUCCGUCGGAUUCGCAAAUUGUGAAAGCGGCAAUCAAUGCAAUCCUGAAUUCGUUCAGCACGUCGUUUUUGGACGGCUUCGCUCAGUUGCUUUACAAACAGCUCGACGCGCUCGUCAUCUACACGAUGCGGGUGCUUCUGAAGAGAAGAGAGGAGCUGAACGCAGGCUCUUUGCUGUGGGAGCACGUCGAAAGUGUCUACAUGCUUCUGACGGUCAAAAAGCACGUGUCGUCUGUGAUCGCGCCGUUCACAAAAGGCCGCACGAGGAUCACUCUUCCCAGAGGGGCGGUCCUCUCUCUCCCACGGCUCGAACGGAGAGGGACCCACGGUGGUCGUCUGGAACGUGAAGACAGUCGGGUAUAUUGCUGUCCAUGGGAAAAUCGGAAUCGUGGGAAAUGUAUACUUUCUCCAAGAGACUUCGCCCAUUUGUCGAGCCGUCCGAACCCGAACGACAACAGUCAUUCCUAUUCUGAUCUCGUCGUAAAAGGUGCCUGGAAUGGCUGCUCCGACUGCCUACAGCUCCUCUGCGAAGUCCAGAAAGGAGAAGAAGCAGCGGCAGGAUAGAGACGCUCUAUUCAUCGAUCUCCGCUCGCUUCUAAAAGUGCAGCCGAGCCUCUCGUAAGUUUUAUAAUCUGCUAUUGCAACAUUGAUAAUAUUUGUUCGUUUCAGCAAGGAAAAAACCCUGUUCAAAGCGGUCGAAGCGAUCACUGGCCAGGAGUUUGCUCCGAUCUUGCCGGAACAUCCAUGCACCGCCUCCGCGCCAGGACCAGUCCGCAGAGAACGGAAGGGAAGAUUGGCGGCCGAGAAGGAGCAGAUUCGACGGGACAAGGAGAAGGCCGCGAUGGACGUUCUCAAGUCGUUCAUCAUAGAAAACGAACUGGGAACCAGUGAGCAGAGGUAAGGGUUAAGGAACUCAAGGCCCAUUUCGAACAUUAUCUCGCAUUUCAGAAACAAGUUGGAGAACCUUGUGACUCUCGAGAUCAUCUGCAACUUCCUCCGCUCGCGUGCAACUGUUUCUCCUGCUCCGGCCGCUUCCGUCCCUCCCGCUCCGUCUCUCUCUCCCCAAUGGCCGCCACUUCUUUUCGAAUAUGCCAAGAUACUCCAAUAUCUCGCAUUCUUCCAGCCGGCCCAGUUCUUUGCGCUUCUGGCAGCUAGUCCGAUGUUCCAAAAUAAAGAGGAAGAGAUCGAUGUCGUCGGCGACUAA